GGUGCUCACCCUCCUGGUCCUGGUCCUUGCUAACCACGAUUCUAGCCAUUGCAUUCCACACGGAGCAGCCCCAGAGCCCUACGGAUGUGGUUAGAACCUUGAGGAACUGCAGGUUCCAGAGAGAACACUUUAGACAGCCAGAUUGGAUCCAGAGAGCAGGCAGAUGCUCAAGAACGCUUCAGUUUAACUCAAGGUCUCUCGCUCCGGGGGAAAUAAAACAGACAAAAGUGUCCGCCUCUGCAAGGAACCCACAGGCAGUGCCUGGAUGAGGGUGCUGAAGUGACAGGUGACUCCAGGAGGCCUUCCUGGAGGAGGUUGAGCCCCAAGCGUGGCUACCCUGGCGUAUCAAGCUACUUCCAAAGUGAGGCAUAAGACUUGGAGCUGACCCUGCCAGGGUCCCAGUUGGGAAGAUGCGGCUCCUUCGAAGGCGCCACAUGUCCCUGCGCCUAGCCAUGCUGGGCAGCGUCUUCAUGCUCUUCCUCUUCAUCCGACAGAAGGAUGUAAGCACCCAGGAGCAGGCCAUGGAGAAACCGUGGCUAAAGUCACUAGCGGGCCAGAAGGACCAUGUCCUGGACCUCAUGCUAGGUGCUGUGAACAACAUUAGAGAUGUCAUGCCCAAGCUGCAGAUCAGGGCUCCGGAACCCCCCCAGACUCUGGUCUCCACAAACCACUCCUCUUGCCUACCGGGGUUCUAUACCCCUGCUGAGCUGAAACCCUUCUGGGACCGGCCACCUCAAGAUCCCAACAGCCCUGGAGCAGAUGGAAAAGCAUUUCAGAAGAAAGAAUGGACCGAUCUAGAGACCCAAGAAAAGGAUGAAGGCUAUAAGAAACACUGCUUUAAUGCCUUCGCCAGUGACCGCAUCUCCUUGCAGAGGUCCCUGGGGCCAGACACGCGGCCUCCUGAGUGUGUUGACCAGAAGUUCAGGCGCUGCCCACCACUACCCACCACCAGUGUGAUCAUUGUAUUCCACAAUGAAGCCUGGUCUACUCUGCUGCGCACGGUAUACAGCGUCCUGCACACCAGCCCUGCCAUCUUGCUGAAGGAAAUCAUCCUGGUGGAUGAUGCCAGCACAGAGGAGCACCUGAAGGAGAGGCUGGAGCGGUAUGUUCAGCAGCUGCAGAUCGUGCACGUGGUUCGACAGCAGGAGCGGAAGGGGCUCAUCACAGCCCGGCUGCUGGGGGCCAGCGUGGCACAGGCUGAGGUGCUCACGUUCCUGGACGCCCACUGUGAGUGUUUCCACGGCUGGCUGGAACCCCUUCUGGCUCGAAUUGCUGAAGACAAGACAGUGGUGGUGAGCCCAGACAUCGUCACCAUCGACCUUAACACCUUCCAGUUCUCCAGACCGGUACAGAGAGGCAAAGCCCACAGCCGUGGCAACUUCGACUGGAGCCUAACCUUCGGCUGGGAGAUGCUCCCGGAACACGAGAAGCAGAGGCGCAAGGAUGAAACCUACCCCAUCAAGUCCCCGACGUUUGCCGGCGGCCUCUUCUCUAUCUCCAAGGCCUACUUUGAGCACAUCGGUACCUAUGAUAACCAGAUGGAGAUCUGGGGAGGGGAGAAUGUGGAGAUGUCCUUCCGGGUGUGGCAGUGUGGGGGCCAGCUGGAGAUCAUCCCCUGCUCUGUGGUUGGCCACGUGUUCCGUACCAAGAGUCCCCACACCUUCCCCAAGGGCACCAGUGUCAUCGCACGCAAUCAGGUGCGCCUGGCUGAGGUCUGGAUGGACGGCUACAAGAAGAUUUUCUACAGGAGAAAUCUGCAGGCUGCAAAGAUGGUCGAGGAGAACAACUUCGGUGACAUUUCGGAUCGACUGCGACUCAGGGAACAGCUACACUGCCACAACUUUUCCUGGUACCUGCACAAUGUCUACCCAGAGAUGUUUGUCCCCGACCUGAACCCCACCUUCUACGGAGCCAUCAAGAAUCUCGGCACCAAUCAGUGUUUGGAUGUGGGUGAGAACAACCGUGGCGGGAAGCCUCUCAUCAUGUAUGUCUGUCACAACCUCGGCGGCAAUCAGUACUUUGAGUACACAUCCCAGAGGGAACUCCGCCACAACAUUGGGAAGCAGCUGUGUCUACACGCCAGUGGAAGCACGUUGGGCCUUAGGAGCUGUCAGUUCGUUGGCCAGAAUAGCAGAGUACCCAAGGACGAGGAGUGGGAACUGACCCAGGAUCAACUCAUCAGAAACUCAGGAUCUGGUACCUGCCUGACAUCCCAGGACAAAAAGCCAGCCAUGGCCCCCUGUAAUCCCAGUGACCCCUACCAGCUCUGGCUGUUUGUCUAGGCCUGGGGUCAUCCCCAGUGCAGGCCCAACAAGCCCUCCAGGCAGUAGGGUCAACGGGUGUCUGGGAGUCCUCUCCCCCAGAUCCUCUGGAGGCCCAAGAGUUGGAUGUUUAAGCCCAGUGGCCACCAAGGCAGGACCUUCUUCUUGCAACAACAUGGGUCCCAUUUUCUUUCCUCCAUGCCAGUGGAGAGACCAGGAGGUCACAUGCUACUUGGCCCAAGGCUUUCCUCCUCUCCUAGAGCCAGGGGCCUCCAAAGCAGCCUGAAAGUGUGUCCUGCAGAGAGACUGGAAAUUCAGAGACCCUCUCUUGUUAACAGACCCUGUCAGCAAACCGUCUUGAUGUACACAGAGUGCCUUCAUCCUACGUCAUUUGCACAGUUAUCUGUGGAGGAGACAGGAAGGAGCCAUUCAUUGAGAAGGUUGAGACCAGGCUGGAGAAUAGUUCAGGGAAAGGCCCAGGGUUUAACCUCUUAGCAUCACAGAAAACAGAAAAGGAGGCCAGGAGAGCAGGGCAGGCGGAAGGAGGCAGAGGGCUUUUCUGCAGUUACACAGCUGGUAGGUGGCUCAAGCUGGGGCUGAGUUCCCAUCUUUGGUGCUAUACCGGGUCUCCUUCCAGAACACAAGGACACUAGACAGUGAGUUGCCAGCCAUUCUGUUUCUUGAUCCUUCUCUGAUCAUUCUGGCUGGCUGUCCUCCAGAAAUCCAGGUAGCAAGAUGGAAGACCACAUUGAGAAUCCUGGGCUGUUAGUGUGGAAAGUAGUUCAUGGGCUGGGAUAGCUGGUGAGUCUCAAGCCCAAGGCCCCUUUGUUCUAAGCCGUAGGUAAGGAGGUUAAAAAGCAAAGCAAGAUGUAGGUGUGAAGCCACAGGUCUGUAACCUUGAUACUCAGAGACUGAAGCAGCAAGGUCUCAAGUCCAAGAUCAGCCUGGGCUUCACAAUUAGACCUUUUCUCAAAAGCAAUAAAAAAAAAAUAGCGUGAAGAAUAUGAAGGGAGCUGCCUUGCAGACCCUGAACUAAGAUAGCCCCCCCCCCAUUUUACAUUUAUUCCUUAGUAGAAACUAGAUGGGUGCUGGUCCAAGGUCACCUGGCAAGAGGUUUGGCAGCUCCAAGCUCAGACCCAAGAUAAGGCUAAUCGGAGUCCUAGCAAUCCUGAAGGGUCAGGGACAGUGCAGUUGCCUGGAGGGCUGACCCCAUCUGCUCCCUUGGGUGCCCCAUGCGGAGCCGACUCUAGGAUGCCAACCUUCCUACAAUCAACUUGGACCCCACGGUCGCUCCACCUGGAAGAAAAUAGAACCGAUCCAGGAAGGCUUUGGGGGGACUUUAGCAUGGGACCACAGCUGCCUCCUGCUCCUCCAUUGUCCCCUGGGAGACAAUCAGAGGUAGCCCAGCCAAAGGGAAAGAGUCUGACCAAGUUGUGAUCCAGGAUGGGAAAGGGAAGAGAGGCUGACUGGGAACCUGGUGGAAAUAAAGGUUUUAUGGUUUUAGUAAAAGAUGUUGGAUCUGG